GAGAUGGACACCGGUCAAUGCAGGUCCAGAGUACCUCAGCGUCAUGAGGGGCGGACCCAGAGGCACGCAGCAAAGCGACAUCAAUGCCCCAAGCCAGGGUGCGGAAAGUCUUUUAGUCGGCCAUCCCAUCUCGCGCGGCACGCUCUGAAUCAUUCUGCUGUCGAGUUCGAAUGUCACCGAUGUGCGGCGUCUUUCAAGCGCCGCGAUCUCCUCGGUACGUCCAUGUCUGGCCGAUCCUGCAACAUCCACGCGAUUUAUAGAAAGAUCUGAAGAUGUGCUUUGUUUGGAUUCUCUUUCAUAGCUCGUAGUCAAUUGCCGAAUGAUAUUUAUGAUGAUUUCUUCAGGAAGAUCAGUGAGUCGAAUUGAAGGAGAAGAGAUCUUUUUAGGAUUGGGAUGUCCUGAUCGUGGUUUCUUGGUGGUGUCUGCCAGAUGCUUUUACAUAAUUUUCUUUCCCGGUAUGAUCAUGUCCUUCUUCCUUACGAGGUAGAAAAUAGAUUGUUGGGUCGAAGAACUCG